AUGCCAAAAUAUCCAAAAAUUCAACAAAAAAUUAAAAACGAACUUACAGAACAUAAUUUAAUAAAUGAAGCUCAAUUAACACAAGAUAUAUUAGAUUCAUUGUAUGUUUAUAUGCCAUUUGGAGGCAGUCAUCGCGCAUGUAUUGAUCAAGAUUUAGCGUUUUUUGGACUAAAACCUGCUAUAAUAAGUUUAAUGCAACGAGUUUCAUUUGAAGAUUCAGUUGAUGCAACAAAUAAUUCUGGGAAAUAUAUUCAACGUUUGACAUGUUUUCCAGAACAUUUAGCUGUACGCAUUCGAAUAGAUACAGAUAAAAAGUCAAAUUAA